UUAGCCAUUGGGGUACUAGUCUUUGGCCGACUCGGUAAGGAGUGGCUCUCCCGUCACGCUGGUCGCGGGUUCAAUCCCAGGCAGCCGGGGAAUACCCUCACUCUUGAUUAAUUUCUCGUGUUAUUUCGAUACACGCAGAGGACGUGUUGAGAAAUAGGAAGGAUGGAAAGUAAGCUCGUCGGGGCAUUACAGUGGUGGCAUAGCGGUGGGCAUCCUCUCCUGCAGCUCUGUUGUUGAGUUUCCCCGAAGGGGUAACAGGUAGGAUGGCCCAUGCUCCGAGGUUGAUAGAAAAUGGGAAUGUUGGAGGUAUGUCUAAAAAGGACAUUGUGGAGUUAUGUCUCAAAGGGACAUUGUCAACACACAGAAAUUAAUCUACAUAGGGGGGAAAGCCGUGUAGUGCGGCGACGGCCUGAUGAACGAGCCUCCCAUAAUUAACCCACUUAGCCAGUGGGGUACCUCUUUGGCCGACUCGGUAAGGAGUGGCUCUCCCGUCACGCUGGUCGCGGGUUCAAUCCCAGGCAGCCGGGGAAUACCCUCACUCUUGAUUAAUUUCUCGUGUUAUUUCGAUACACGCAGAGGACGUGUUGAGAAAUAGGAAGGAUGGAAAAGAAAGCUCGUCGGGGCAUUACACUGGGACUGAGUGCUGAAGCAAAUGAGAGAAUUAUAGAAAUCAUGAAGAGUUUUCUGUGGUGUGUAAGAAAUAGGGAAUAGGAUGAUUAGUAAUGGAUACUGCUUGUUUUGUUUUAUUUUUCCAGGUUGUGCCGAUAUGAAGGCUGACUCUCCAACGGGUCACUGUACAGCAAGAGCAAGAGCAAACUCGCUGCUGCUGACUCCUGUUUCUGCUGCUGCCCCUGCUGACUCCUGCUGCUGCUGCUGGUGACCCUGCUGACUCCUGCUGCUGGUGGUGCUGCUGCUGACCCCUGCUGGUGCUGGUGCCGCCGUCAGAGUCAGCACUCCACACAGCAGCCUCCGUCCAGUGGUGACCCCAAGACUCCGUGCCCGGGGCGAGCCCCGCCGGUGCUGUGCAGAAGUGAGGGUCUGAGGCGGUGCUGUGCUCAGCGCUCCUGCGUCUUUGCUGCCGCUGAUCUCUGUUGCAGUGGAGGCUGCAAGGUAGGGCACCAGCCUGAGUGCCCGGGACCAGCAGGAACAGACUGUCUGUGGUGUGAGGAUCAGGGGUGACCAGGAGAGCCUCACCACCACCACCACCACCACCACCACCUUGCUGCUGGCAUCUCCAGCCAUAAAGGAAAGGAAAAGUUUGAGUGCAAGAAGACUUGAGAGUGAGAGCAGGUCCACUAGACACAGCCUUCCACACACUGGUGAAGGAAACCAUGAGUGCCAAGAGUGUGGGAAAAGACUCCCUGGGAAGGGUGACCUCACCAAGUACACCCACACACUCUGGUGAAAGACCUCAUGAAUGCCGUAAGUGUGGGAAAACGUUCAAUCAGAAGAGUAACCUCAACAGACACACCCUUACACACACUGGUGAAAGACCUCAUGAAUGCCGUGAGUGUGGCAAAAAGUUCAGUCAGAAGAGUAACCUCAACACACACACCCUUACACACACUGGUGAAAGACCUCAUGAAUGCCAUGAGUGUGACAAAACGUUCAGCAGUAAGAGUGACCUCAAGAAACACACCCUUACACACACUGGUGAAAGACCUCAUGAAUGCCGUGAGUGUGGCAAAAAGUUCAAUCAGAGGAGUAACCUCAACACACACACCCUUACACACACUGGUGAAAGACCUCAUGAAUGCCGUGAGUGUGGCAAAAAGUUCAAUCAGAGGAGUAACCUCAACACACACACCCUUACACACACUGGUGAAAGACCUCAUGAAUGCCAUGAGUGUGGCAAAAAGUUCCAUCAGAAGAGUCACCUCAAGAAUCACACCCUUACACACACUGGUGAAAGACUUCAUGAAUGCUAUGAGUGUGGCAAAAAGUUCCAUCAGAAGAGUCACCUCAAGAAUCACACCCUUACACACACUGGUGAAAGACUUCAUGAAUGCUAUGAGUGUGGCAAAAAGUUCCAUCAGAAGAGUCACCUCAAGAAUCACACCCUUACACACACUGGUGAAAGACCUCAUGAAUGCCGUGAGUGUGGCAAAAAGUUCAAUCAGAGGAGUAACCUCAACACACACACCCUUACACACACUGGUGAAAGACCUCAUGAAUGCUAUGAGUGUGGCAAAAAGUUCCAUCAGAAGAGUCACCUCAAGAAUCACACCCUUACACACACUGGUGAAAGACUUCAUGAAUGCUAUGAGUGUGGCAAAAAGUUCCAUCAGAAGAGUCACCUCGAGAAACACACCCUUACACACACUGGUGAAAGUCCUCAUGAAUGCAGUGAGUGUGGCAAAAAGUUCAAUCAGAAGAGUACCCUCAACACACACACCCUUAUACACACUGGUGAAAGACCUCAUGAAUGUCAUGAGUGUGGCAAAAAGUUCAAUCAGAAGAGUACCCUCAACACACACACCCUUAGACACAGUGGUGAAAGACCUCAUGAAUGCCAAGAGUGUGGCAAGAGGUUCAUUUCUAUGUCUGUGUUGAACAAGCACAUCUUCAGACACUCUGGCCUGAGAGAGUUCAAGUGUGAUGUUUGUAAGAAACAUUUCAAGACCAAGGGGGAUAUUGCCCAGCACAUGAAGAUUCACUUCCCCUGAGGUGCCGUGUUGUGCUGCUCGAUGUGUUAUGCAUGUGUGUGUGUGUGUGUGUGUGUGUGUGAAGAAUAGAAGAAUAGAAUAGAAUGCAUUUAUUGCUCAGACUUUUACAAUAAAAGUAUGGAGCACAGCCCCUGUGUAACCAGUUAUAUCAUCAACUCUAUCUAAAAUGCCUCAGAACUAAUUUAAUAAAAUGAGCCAAAUUGCUUAGCAUGUGCACAUUCAUCCCCUAUUUGUUCACCAUUACAUUUAUCACAAUACCAUUCUUCUCUUCUGAUAUCACGGUACCUGCCACUAACAACUGGUAAUUGGUUAUUUCCUGUGAGAAUCUUACUUAUAUUAAUACGGUUCGUUUUACUUAGUUUAACAAGGUAAUCCUCAAUCCCAUAAAUUUCUUUAUACAUACUGUAACUACUACAUAUGCCUUUUGUUGUUAUAUUCCUAUACCAAGUUGAUAUCCAUAAAUAUUUCAACCUCUGCUCAACGGUCUUCCUAAACAACUUAACAUUGUUGAUGGUUUGUGGCUGCCAUACGCUUGACAGACCACAUUCAAUACAUAUACGUUUUAUAUAGUCCAACCAUGGCAAUAUAAAAGUACCAGACAUACAUAAGUGCAAUAAACAGGUGUACAUAACAUAACUCAGCUCAGUAUUUUUUCCCGUAAUUAACCUUGACCAAUAAUUUAUCAUCCUGCAUUUUAUAGAUAUUUCCAGUGGAUACAUUCCUGAUUCCCCAUAUACAAUAUCUGUACUUGUAUACCUAUGUACAUACAUUACGUAUUUAAGAUGCCUCAUCUGUAAAGAUUCCAGUUCCCUUAUAAUGUCAUAACCCCAUAUUUCGCAUGCGUAAGUCGCAGCUGUCACCACCAUACUAUUGUACAUUUCUAAUUGUAUAUCAAAUGGCAAAUCAUAUUUUCGAGAAGUCCCAAUCAGCUGAUACAUGACCGUAAGCCCCAAAUACACUGCCGAAUUUUGGCUCACGAAUGUGCGCGAAUAUGCAAGUCAUCCUCUGUCGCGAGCAAGUUCGGCAUCUUUCUUGCCUGUUCUUGGCCGUUCGGGGACAUGUCUGCGUCCACCACGCGACUUUUGACAGUUGGUCACGGCCGCCACGAAAGUUUCAUGUUGCAUGAAAAAUUCGCGGCCGUUCGCCGAAUGUGCACGAAUGUAAAAUGGACGCCGAAUUGUUGCCGAAAUGUCGCUGACAAUUCGGCAUCCGAUUCGCGGUGUUCGGCGAAUUGUCGCCGAAUUUUGACCGUUGAAAUUUUAAUUUUAUUGGCAAAUUUGUCGCCGACUCUUCGGGGACAUGUUGCCGAAUGGCCAAGACUAUUUGGGGACAUGUCCCCGAAUAUUCGGCGAAUUAAUCACGAUACGGCAAAUGGGUCUCGGUGGGAGGUGUACACGGGGGUCUGUCUAUCUAUC